AUGGCUAAAAGGUCUAAGAAAACACGUAUUGUUGAAGGCGAGGUCGAUGCUGCAAGAUAUGUAACUGUUCAAAAACGCAGAACAGUUGACGAACAAGGUCAAACACAUGUCCAGCGAAUUGUUGAAGCAGCUCAAGACCCCAGAACACAUUUCAAUCGCAGGGACAGGGUUAAUGGGACUCCUGCUGGGUUAGAAGAUGCCUGGGACUAUGAUAAUGAUGUCAGAGGCGAGGGCGAAAAUGUUGUUGAAGGUCCAAGGAAAAAGACGCAAAAGGAUUAUAUCUUUCAGUUUGUUCAACGAGUAGAUGAAUUCCUAGGGGCCUUACUUGCUAGAGAGGCUCGGCCUGUUGACAAAGUUACAUGUUCUGCCUGCCAAACUGGAUCUCUAGCAGUUUGGCGCUGUAAAGACUGCAGCCUGACACGUACCAUGUGCAGGAAAUGCAUGCGGCAUGCUCAUCGGGAAGAUCCUUUUCACAGAAUAGAAUGGUGGAAUGGAAAGUAUUUUCAGUCAGCCGCACUAUGUGAUGUUGGAGCGGUAAUUUUUGUGCCACAUCUUACUGGCAUCCGAAUAUGCAAUAAUCUCAAGCUGCAGCAAGAAUGUAUAGAGGAAAAUGAAUGCAUGAAAGACGUUGCUGAGCAGCAAGACCUUCGGCGACAUAUGGCGAGGGAUGCCAUCACUAAUCCCACAAUGGGCGAGCCGGAACCUGUAGAAGCCAUCCAAAACAAAGAUCCCCCUACCGCCCAGAACAGAAAUGAAGCUGAAGAAGAUCGACAUUUCUUUGAAUAUCUCGACCGAUUAAGGGACCACGUUGAUGCCGAGGAAUUAGAAGAGCCUGGCGACGACGCCGAGGUAGGCGAUGAAGAUGACAAUGAAGUUGAAGAAGACGGUGAAUACAAUGCUCCAUUCCAACGUUACUUGCCGAGUGCUGUAGGAACUGCAACCUUUCGUUCCUCGGGCACUAUACGUGUUAUCCAUACCAAUGGAAUUCAUAAUAUUCCCUUGGUAGUCUGCUCGUGUCAAGGGGCUGACCACAUACCUUCCGAUCUAAUAGCCACUCACCUAUGGCCUACCAGUUUCAAGCGAAUCAGAACUCUAUUUACUGCACACGUCCUUGAUCAAUUUUGGCUUUGUAACCUGGAAAUGAAUGCGUCAGCAUAUCAAUUUUAUCAUCUACUUCGUCGAGUCACCAAUCCGCAGAACCCGGCUGGUGUGGUUGACUUGUAUAAUGAAUUUCGACGAAUGACGCGGCUUUGGCGAUGGACCAAAAAACUUAAAUGGGCUGGGUAUGCUGGUCACAACGGAAAAAAGGUGGCUGAAGUUGAAAAAGGAGAACUUGCCAAUUACUGCCCUGCAUGUCCUCAACCUGGAAUUAAUCUACCAAACGGGUGGGAAAACGACCCCAACAAAUUUGUUUAUCGUCGAGUCCUCAUGGCAGAUAGGAACUUUAAAGCCGAUCAUGUUCAACCUAAAAAACCAUCUGAGGAUGUAUGGCUUUCUGAAGGGAGUGGCAUGGUCCCUAAACGCGAGGAAUAUCAUGCAUUUCUGAAGACAGCAAUAGAAAAAUUAACAGGUGCCCCUUGUGAAAAUACAUUUAGGGCAAUAACUGGUGCAAUGCAGGCGUCCAAAUCAUGCGACGUGACAGGGGUUGUUGGUGUCGCCUGCGCUCGCCAUGGGUGUUAUGCACCAAAUUCUCUUGUCGAUUUGUUCAAGGGCGAGCAGCAGAAAAAUGUCGAUUUUGCCUUGCUCGCCGCAUUGAAAUCAACCGGCGUGGAUUCUCGCCAAGGUUUAAUGUUUCUGUAUGAUGUCAUGUGUCAGUUUUUUGUCCACCUUAAGACUAGAAUUGGCCAUUUGCUGCCUGAGGGAAUGGACGUGGAUCGUGCCAUUGGACUGUUCCACGUCCACGCUCAUAAAGAUGAGUGUUUAUUUCACUUCUCGCCCUCGUUUAUUCCAGGUGUAGGCCGAGUCAUUGGUGAAAUCCUGGAGCAUUUAUGGGGGAAAAUGAAUGGAGUAUCACCAACAGCAAGAACUGCCACUCUCGCACAUCGAGCCGAGAUGCUUGACAACCAUGCCACGGAUUCAAACCACAAGAAAGCAUUGGACAUGCCAAAUACUCUUUGCCGACGGUAUAUUGAAGCAGUGGAUAACAGCAAUUCUACAGAAAAAUAUUUUAGCGAGGUCUCACAGGUGGUGUCGCCUGACCUAUUAGACGUUUGGACUCGUCAGAUUGUUGACGCAGAAACCCGUCGCCUAGCCACACCCAAGGUCAUGGAUAUAUAUGCGGCAAAAGGUCGAGGCGAUGUCUCUGGCGAGAUAGACAAGUCCGACACAGUGACCUCGGAUGAUCCAAUACAGGCAUAUCUACAAUUCGCGUUAAUAGUAGAAGAGAAAGAGAUUGAAAUACGGAUUUGUGUUCGUCAAUUGACCAAAUCACCAAGACAUGCUGACCCUAACAAAAUAGAAGGUUUGAGGGACAAGCUACGAGCACUUUUAGGCGAGCUUGAGCGACUACAAGGAAUUGCUGGCAUCGUUGAAGAAAACCCGACCCGAGCAGAUGUUGGGGUCGAUCUCUUGGAUUGGGCGGACGAACAAACAGGCGAAGAAUCAAUCGCCGAACCUUCGCCAACCUCACCAUAUGCCGAAGCUAUUGAAAACCAUAAAAUAUCACAGGCAAACUCGCAUUUAUACAAGCUUCGAAAUAUGAUUGCCGAAAAGUCUUUUCAAUACUCCGAUGUCAUUCGCAAAGCACCUAGGAAAGGAAUGAGGACACGAGCGCGAGCAAAGAUUGAUGAAAUGAACCACACAAUCACAUUUUAUAGUCAGCUGUAUACGGAAUGUCGGGCACGACUAAUAGCGCUUGGUGCCAACAAUUCCAUUUUGAAGCGUUUCCAGGUAUUGAAAAAAGAUGACGUCAAAACAAGUACGGCGAUUUUAGAUCCCAACACACCAGGCUCAACCAGAAUCAAACUGUCGUGGAUCUGGCAUAAUGCUGUUCACCGGUUUGGGCCCAAUGUUAUAGCCGAAGAUGGACAGCUUCGCCUGGCAGAUGCAGAUUUGUCUGACGACUUUGACCUUGAAGAGACUGAUCCUGAAACCCUGACUGAAUUUAAAAGGGUUCAUUGGCUGCGUGCACGAGCGCAGUACAAUUGGUGGAAGGAGGAGGCCACUAUACUGCACUAUGAAAUGACCUGGACAGUCAGAUAUUUCAUGCACAAGGCGGAGUGGUGGCACCAUAGUGCAAUAGCAGUAUUCUCAGGAGCAGACGUCGCCUGUGAUGCUAUUCAGCAAGGGCGAGCCACCUAUGCCAAUCGCCAAGGUGACCUGUGGGAGCAUCUCGCCCGCUGUGCUGAUCAAAUGUUCAGCAUGACCAAUUCGAACUAUAAAAAGAACUUCCCAAAAUAG